AGGUAGAGUGCUGCAUCUCAGUCCAUCUCAUUUUCUCCAAGGCAGGCAAACCUCCUGAGAAACCUUCACAAUGAACUCAAUGAAAUCUUAUUCCAUACGCAGUUCUGGAUAUGGAAAUGCUGGAAGCAUGUGUGGAGGUGGAGGUGGAGGUGGAGGUCUAGGUCUAGGUCUAGGUCUAGGUCUAGGUGGUGGAGGCAUGAUGCAGAGGUCAUAUGCCAGAAGUGUGUAUGGUGGUGCAGGUGGCGGUGGAACAAAAAUCUCUGGUUCCUCCUUGGGUUUCGGCAGGUAUGGAGGUGGAGGUGGAGGUGGAGGUGGAGGUGGAGGUGGAGGUGGAUGUGGAGGUGGAGGUGGCAGCAUCAGCAGUUACAGUUACUCUGUUGGUGGCGGAGGCUUUGGUGCAGGUGAGGGCAUGGAUAUCGGGACCAAUGAGAAGGCCACCAUGCAGAACCUGAACGAUCGCCUGGCCUCUUACCUGGAUAAGGUGCGCAGCCUUGAGAAGGCCAAUGCAGAGCUGGAGCUGAAGAUCCGCCAGUUCUUGGAGAGCAAGACCUCCCCCGUUUCCCGUGACUACUCAGCUUUUGAGGCCACCAUCGCAGACCUGCAGAGAAAGAUCCAGGAUGCUACCAGUGUCAAUGGAGGCAUCUAUCUGUCUAUUGACAACGCAAAACUGGCAGCAGACGACUUCCGAACCAAGUAUGAGAAUGAGCUUGCCAUGCGUCAAUCAGUGGAAGCAGACAUCGCCGGUCUCAAGAGACUGUUGGAUGAGCUGACACUGAACAGAACAGACCUUGAGAUGCAGAUAGAGGGCCUGAAGGAGGAGCUGAUCUUCCUCAGAAAGAACCACGAGGAGGAAUUGGCAGCCAUGAGGAACCAGAUGAGUGGACAGAUUAACGUGGAGGUGGAUGCAACACCACAGCCAGACCUGUCCGCCAUUAUGGCUGAGAUCCGUGAGCAGUACGAGACUGCAGCUCUCAAGAAUCAGAAAGAACUUCAAAACUGGUUCCAAACAAAGUCAGAGGAACUGAACAAGGAGGUGGCAAGCAGCACAGAAACUCUCCAAACGUCCAAGUCAGAAAUCACUGAGAUCCGCCGAACGCUGCAGGGCCUGGAGAUCGAGCUACAAUCACAACUAAGCAUGAAAGCGUCUCUGGAAGGCACACUGUGUGACACAGAGGCACGAUACUCCAUGCAGCUCCAAGGCCUCCAGAGUCAGGUGUGCAGCCUGGAAUGCCAGCUGGAACAGCUUCGUGGUGAUAUUGAAAACCAGAGCCAAGAAUACAAGAUGCUGCUCGACAUCAAGACUCGGUUGGAGAUGGAAAUUGCAGAGUACAGGAGGCUUUUGGACGGAGAGGGCAGUGUGACCAGAGGCAGUGGUUCAAGGAGCACCAACUGAGAGCCACAAGCACAACACCUGAACCAAAAUGUCC